AUGGCGAGCAGUGAUGUCGGGAAGGUUGCUAGUGCGUCUUUGGGUGCCAAAAUCAAUGAGAUAGGCCUUAGGCGCUCUGAAGAGAAUGCAAGAAUGUCAGCAUCGUUACAGUUUGGGUUUUACUACUUAACUUGUCAUUUGCUGUCAAUAUCAACAUACUUGAUCGACCAUGGAUUUAGCUGUUGGUUGGCGUAUCAAUACCAUACCCAAGGCCAGGAGACGUAUUUCGCGCUCACGAUCACUUUUGUGGUCAUGCCCGCACUCAUAUCGACGGGCUUUAGCAUGAGAUGGUACCUUCAAGAUAUAGAUGACCCAACGUUGCCCAAGGCACCUCUAUGGCGGUGGGGAUUGAGAGUGGUUUUCCUCUUGCUGCAAUUUGCUCCCAUUCUCAGGUACUUGGAUUCCCUGCUCUAUGGCAUUGGGAGCAUUCUUGCUGCGCGUAAAAACCAGAAGGAGAAGCAGCAGUACUUGUUUCGGCGAAUGGUUGACGAAGACUCAGAUGCCUCACUUCUGCGCCUUUUCCAUUGUUUCUUGCAUGCAGCUCCCCAAGCCAUUUUACAUUUGAUGGUUCUUAUCCAAAUGGCACGGCAAAAGCAACAUGCUACCUUGCAAGCAUACCAAGGCUGGGCGGUGAUGUGUGCUCUCAUAUCCAUAGCUUGGGCUCUUACAUGCUACCACCGCUCUGUCAGAUUUGCCAGAGAUGAUAAGGAAAAACUGUCAUGGCAAGGCAGCACCAUUCAAUUUUGUUGGCAUCUUAUGGGAACAGCCUCAAGGAUACUGGCUCUCGCCAUGCUGGCUGCCAUGUACCCAGCAUGGAUGGGUACGGUUUGCCUCACCCAUUGGUGUGUGAUGGCAGCUUGGUUGGCUCUCGGCCAUCAUCAAACCGCCGUGUGCAGCUCCAGAUGUGAAGAGCUCAUGUUUUCUUGUGUUCUGGGACUGGCGUACAUACUUGCCUUCAUUGCCCCGCGAGAUGGUCCCACAAGAUACACUUACCUAGCGUAUUACUUAGUUUGCUUCAUGGAGAACACUGGAGCCCUUGUUGUUUGGUGUGUGGGGAACAGCUCUGCUCAAAACCCCUCCCUAUAUUAUGGCACAGUUGGUAUGCAAAUAUUGACCUUCCUUCUCGGUAUUCUGUUCAUGUUAGCAUAUUAUCGAUACUUUCACCCUAGUGGUACCUCUACUACUAUUAGGAAGAGCAUAACAAUUACAGAGAUGCCUGAUAGACUCUCCAAAGCAGGAGUGAGCGGGCGCGUGUUUAGCCACACUUUGUGAAACCGUAUAGAUGUUCUAUCUAGUAUUCCAUAUUCAGUAUUGUACAAUUCGCUAAAUGUGCCACAACCAUCUAUCUUCGUGUUCAAAUGGCAACUUUGUUAUUAUUUAGAAUUCAUUUAGUUACUUAAGAACUCGAUGCUUUGUGAUCAAGCCUCAAGAAAAUUUUAAGUCUUGAAUAAUUAUUCAAUUGCCGCUCUAGUAGCUCAAGUGCAGUAUAAUAGAGCUGAUGAAUGAUGGGGCUUUUUCCUAUUUGGAGUAAAUGUAUAUGGCACAUUGCAUAGGUAAAUUUUAAAUGUUGGAAAUGGCUUCACACAUACCUGUGGAAAUGUGCCAUAAACAUUUACUUUGAUUUGCAUUCCAGGGUUAGGUUCAGGGUAAUUAAGUUACCCUAGUACCAACAAGAGCUGUGAUAAUUUUAGCACAUUCUGUACCUGUCGAUUACCAUUUCUGCUGCUAAAAUCUAAGUUACCAGAUUUUUCUAAAUUCUAUUUUGUCAAAAAUAAAUGCAAGCUUUACUCUAAAAGUGCUUGCUGUGCUAGAAUAACUGUUAAACAUUAGUUAGCUUUAAAAAUUAAGAAAGUAAUGAGAUGCUGUCACCUAUUUUUGGUGUUUACAUAUUUUUAAAGACCAAAAUCAAUCUUGUUCUGAGUGUUUUGCACUUUUGUGUGAAGACUUUAAGACUUACUGAAUUUUCUUUGCACUAAGGUUUCUGAGACCAAUUUUCACUGAUAAGUUGAGGAAUGUUGAUGUGUUUUGGAACUGUAAGUUGCCCUGAAGGAAGUAUCCUACCCCACACAGUUUGAUUUUUUUUAAAUUUGUAGUGAAAACUUUCUUUUAUAUUAUGUCAACAUGACAAAGUAAUUCCUUUAGUUUACCUUUCAUCAAAUAUUGUCAUGCUGUGAUGAUGGAAGAGGGUAUCAAGUUUUGAGCCUUGUGCAUGGUACCACUACACUAUUACAUAUGAAGUAUUAAGUACUGUUCCUUUUUUUUCCACUGGAUUUGUAUCUCACUUAAUGACUUUUUGUGCUGUCCUAGAAGUGGUCUCCCCAUGUCUUUUUCUGAUGAUGACUUCUUACAACCAAUACUCUCUUUACACUUCUAAAUUUAAUCUCUCAAAUAGUUUUGGUUGGAAGCUCACUGGAAGCCAUGGAGUUGAGAUGUUCAGAACAUUGCUGGUAAGAGGAAAUAGAUCUGUGGGCUGUUCCAUUGAACAUUGUCCUUUCAUUCUCAGGUGCUCUGUGAAGGGGCUCUGGUGCGUUCCAUCUGAAGGGAAGAUUGCUGCCUAUUGUCAGCUGUAUUUCCUUUUGAUGGCUUCCCUCCCCUCUCCCUUUCUGUGUUUAACUACUUGUUUAAAAAAAAAAAACAUUUCUCAUGUUUGUUUUCUCAAAUAAGUGUUUUUUUUUUUUUUUUUCUCUUUGG